GCAUUGUACAAAAGAGGGACACCGAGAAGAUGUACGCCAUGAAGUACAUGAACAAACAGCAGUGCAUAGAGAGAGAUGAGGUCCGAAACGUCUUUAGAGAGCUUGAGAUCCUACAGGAAAUUGAACAUGUUUUUUUAGUAAAUCUCUGGUACUCGUUCCAGGACGAGGAGGAUAUGUUCAUGGUCGUGGACCUCCUGCUGGGAGGAGACCUCCGCUACCACCUGCAGCAGAACGUCCAGUUCAGCGAGGACGCAGUCAGACUCUACCUCUGUGAGAUGACGCUGGCGCUGGACUACCUGCAGAGCCAGCACAUCAUCCAUAGAGAUGUCAAGCCAGACAAUAUCCUAUUGGAUGAACAAGGUCACGCUCACCUGACAGACUUCAACAUAGCAACAAUAAUAAAAGACGGAGAGAGAGCCACGGCCUUAGCUGGAACCAAGCCCUACAUGGCCCCAGAGAUCUUCCAGUCUUUUGUGAGUGGAGGUACGGGCUACGCCUUUGAAGUAGACUGGUGGUCACUAGGGGUGACGAUCUUCGAAGUGCUGCGCGGAUGGAGGCCGUAUGACAUCCACGCCAGUAACUCGGUGGAAUCGCUGAUUCAGCUCUUCAGUACUGUCAGUGUCCAGUACAGCCCAGCCUGGCCCAAGGAUCUGGUUUCACUACUGAGGAAGCUACUGACAGUGAACCCAGAGCAUCGUUUCUCCAGCCUGUCUGACAUGCAGACCGCUCCCUACCUCGCUGACGUCAACUGGGACGCUGUGUAUGAGAAGAAAAUGGAGGCUGGAUUUGUUCCCAAUAAAGGUCGCCUACACUGCGACCCCACCUUCGAGCUGGAGGAGAUGAUCCUGGAGUCGCGUCCUCUUCACAAGAAGAAAAAGAGGCUGGCAAAGAACCGAUCACGAGACAACAGCAAGGAUUCACAGUCUGAGAACGACUAUCUACAGGAGUGCCUUGAAGUGGUGCAGCAAGAGUUCAUGAUCUUCAACCGAGAGAAGUUGAAAAAGCGUCAGGAGGAGGGUCAGUCAGAGGCCGGGAAUUAUGACGCUAGCGGCGACGGGGACGGAGAGGCAGAAAGCGGAGCCGCCGAUGAGGACGUGAACGAGCCAGAACCAGGACCGGAAGCUGAUCCCGAGCAGGCGCCCGAGUCUGCCUCCAAACUGAGCAUGUGCGGCUCAGUGUGUUCCUCCCCCGGCAGCUGCUAGCCCCACAUCGCCUCACAGUGACGAUGGCAGCUCUCUCUGGCGGCUGCGGUGUUUGUGCCAUGCCAAUAGAUACCUUCUCACCUCUCUCUCAUGUCGUAGCCUACAGCGGAGGAAACGGACAGCGUGGCAACUUGACGCACAGCAGCAGCUCCCAAAACGGUUCCCAUCAUUUACGCCCCCCGCCCCCCCAUAGCAUCUUUUUGGUAAGGCAUGAAUGAAGCGGAAUCCCAGAGAGUCCCUGCCUAUUGUACCUACCGCCCUAGAGUAAGCUCCAACUUCUAUGCAAUGUUACAGUAUAGCAUGACAAAUAAUAAGGUAUCACUUACUAGGAGGUGUCGUUCCAUAAGCAGAAAGCCACGCGAGCAUGAUGACAUCCCGAGCAAUAGCAGUCUGCGGCUUUUUGAAUGAAGUUAGUGGUUUUGGUGGAGGUGCCUCCCUUUAUUAUCCCUGUUCCAGAUCCGAUGGGGGACGACUGAAUUAUUCAGCACACAAAGGCACUCGGUUUAUUUUAUUGCCUGUGUCUUCAGUUCACUCUUCCCCCACUUUCAUGUGAUGUGUGCCCUAAUUUGGAACAUUUUUUUCCUCCUGGAGCGCCUUCCUCUUGUUGCAACACCUUCCUGUGAUACAUUUCCAGUAAGUGUUGAUGGCUUUCUGCAGUCAGCAAAGACAGUGUGACUGGUUUCAUGUUGUAAACCUGUUUAAAGUUGUGCCUGUCGAUGAUAAUCGGUAUUUGUUAAUCACACCGUAGCCAUGGAUGCAUUUUAGGGCAGAUUUUCCUCUUUUAAGUCUUAACCAGCUAGCUGUUUUUUCUUUUUUCCCCUUCAGGCCUUUUUAGGACGAUAAGGUACUGAAGUUAAAAUCAGUCCAGCAAUCAGAAUGAAAGGUUGUGCUUGUCACUGUGUCCAAAACGCUUAUGAAGAUAUAGUAUUUUAGCCCUGCACCAAGCUCUGACCCAAAGAGGGUUCUGAAACUCAGCUCAUUGCCAACAAUGGCAUCCUUUACAAAUCUUUAAGAAAGCUCAGUUUGCUUUACUAGACUUCAUCAUCUUGUUAAGUGCUUGGUUUAGGAUAAAGAUCAUCUCCCUGUAGAGGUUGGUUUGGGGUAGCUGUGCCCUGUCGGAACGUCAAACCGCAUUGAUGAGCUACUCUUUGAUUGUCGUAGUGAGAGUGGUACAUUUUAGGGUGGCGCCGUUAAUCUCAGUCUGAGAAUAUGUAGCAAAAGACCACCUUAAAAACCCGAAGGCCUAACAAAUUGAAAAACCGUGUAAAUAGCAUACAGUGUAGGUAAUUAAACUCACCACAGUUUUAUGUGGGACUGCUAACUCGACGUGUAAACUUAAGGAAGAGCUGUGUGAAGCUUCACACCACUUCAUCCCGCUCUUCUUUCCAAGUGUGCAGGCACAACUUGUAGGCAAUAUAUGCCAAAGCUUUUCUACCAUUUGCAACCAUUUCUAAGGAACUUUGAGUGUGUGAAUGUAUGUCUCUUUAUCCCUCUGAUAACAUAAAGUCAGUUAUUUCUGCAAGUGAAGACACCGUAAUUUAUACAAUCAUAAUGUGAUGAUGUGCAAACUGUCUAUUUCAGGUAAUGCAUCUUGGGAAAUACACCUGUUUGCUGUCUUGAUGCAGCAUUUCCACCAGUAGAGCUGUUUACCCCGGCAGCUUUGACUAACCUUUGGGGGUUGGAGCCACAAUUUAAUGUUGCACUCAGUUAAUUUUGUGCCAUCGCCUGCUGUAAUGUUAAUUGUGAGGUGCAGACAGAACAGUGUUGGCUUAAGUGCAUCUCUGCACUCCUAAUGGAUGAUGAGGAUGAAACCAGAGAGUUUUGCCACUCUGCUCGGUCAACGAAUGGUCUAGUCUCCACAGUGUAAUUAGUGGACAUGAGUGAAAUAUCACACGAGCAGGUAAAACAGUAUUAGCUACAAUAUUUGCUUCACUCUUUCUUUACUUUCGCCUAAACAGCUAACAGAAACAGUUAGUUAAUGCCCAGCUGUUAACCAACUUGGUGAUUGAAGCUUUCGUAUUAAAAAAAAUGAUGUUCUUGUGCCCAACAGGGGGAUUAAUUUAGGCCCAGUGGCUUUCCGAGGAAGAUCAAUACUCAUGUCUUUGUUUUAAAUAAAGAGCUAGAGUAAGGUAGUGAUUAGCCUAGCUUAACAUAAAGAGUAGCCACAGGGCAAAACACCUUACCAAAACCUGUAAAAGCUUAUAAGUUACCAUUUGUCUUGUGUGAUUAAUUCUUAUAUAAAUAUUAAUGUAGUGUUAAUGUGCUCUGCUGGUUAAACAGCUAGAUGUAGUGAAUGAGUGGUCCUUAAAGGAUGGAUAAAACGUUCAACAUAUAGCUACACCACUAACUGGGCUGCUGAACCACCAAUGGUUUGAUUUAGUUUCCAGUUUGAAACAUCACAUGCAGAUCGUAAGAGAGCCAGAUGGAUCUGUACAGCAGGCUGUGGAGGGAUUUCAGGCGAUGGUCAUCUGACAGGCAAGAGUUGUGAUUUUGCUGGCAGGGCUGCUCCAGCUUUGUAACGUCUUUCUGUUUUUAAAGCUACAAAUAAGAACUUGAUGAAUUCUGUGUUAAUGUUCUUUCAGUGUUAUAAUGUGAGAGUUGCCUAGUAACAGAUUGUUCUAACAUAAUUAUGAAAAAAAGCCAAACUCUGAUACAUUUUAUUCAAGUAAUGUCACUUGAUAGUAAAGUGUUACCAGUUGACAUGUUUCAAAUGGAAACUUAAAUAUGAAUCUAAGAUGAAAUCCAAAGCACACAGAGCUCUGUAUAUUCUACUGUAAUAAUACAUUAGCUCAUUAGUUCAGGUAUGGGCUGCUUCACAAUUUGACAGAUCGAUGUGUUAGCCUAGCACAGAGGGUAUAUUUUUACUAGGAGCGCAGUCGUGAAACUACAGUUUCGCACAUGCAGGGUUGAAAAAUAUUUACAGUGUUCACAGUAACUCUGAUAUGAUGUGAACAUUGCAUUAACCUCUAUCAAAAGAGACAAAAGACGGUAUCAAAUUUGGCUUAUGACAUGUUUGCUCUUAGCUAGCUUGCUAACAUUAGACGCUAGGAUACGGAGACUUGUAAUUACAGCUUUUUCACACCAGCCAUUUUAAUAUGAAAUACCAGGUAAACAUGUUCUACAAAUGCCAUUAAUGAAGGUUCUGUUAUUUAAACUUUGAAAAGCUUUAAUUAAUGUGAUAAGUUGACCUAUGUUUAUUUAGCAUUUUAUGUCAAAAUGGCUGCUGUGUGGUCACCAUAGCUAAUUUUAAGCUAACGUAAUAGCUGAUACUUUCAAAACGCAGGCUGACUGCUUGUUAAAGUUUUUUUUGUUUUUUUUAAAUAAAAUGGAUCUAUUAUUAAGUGCUUGUUGAAUUUUUAAAUCUCCAAUAAAACUCAGACAAGUAGGAAGUUGAUAAAAUGAUGUAACUUCCACUGUUAAGCUAGGCUAACGGUUUCCCAGCUCUAGCUGUGCAGUUGACGCUCAAACCUGAAUGACAGAUGCUUUGUGACCUUGUUCCCAAAGGGAAAGCAAAUAGGUGUAUUUCCCAAAAGUAAGCUGUUUCUUAAAACACUACAUUAUGAUUAGAUUAAGAAGCUUUCUUAAAGAGACAUGAAAUGUUAUCUUCCAAGUCUGCCAAAACGUGUGAGAAAUUGAAUAGUCUUGAGCCCUGUGCUUUUAUUUUGCAUGUACCUUUACAGUAUAAGCCUGUUUUUUGCCAAAGCCUGGAGCUUGAGCCCUACCGGCUGAUUUGUGCAUGCACAAGCUUUUGGUAAUAGCAUACCUCGACGCUCACCUGAUUAUCGACACAGUCCAAAAUCAGAGUAUAACCGGCCUGCGUGACUGUUUCUGGACAGUGAGUUUUGUGAACUUUAAGCUGUACAAAUCGUAUAAUCCCAGUGUUACAUGGAUGGCAUGAUAUUUUAGAUGAUAUGCAGUACCUUUUUGACAUCCUGUAGGUUGUCUUAAUGCUUUGUUCCAAGUAUACAGGCUCGUACCCUCAUGGUGAGUGGAAUGAGGUCAGCAGCUGUGUGUCUGUUGUGGAUUAAGUGUUGCAUUGUUGUCUCUGCAGCAGAAGAUGAAGAUUUGAAACUGGGGCAAGUUUUCACUUCACCUCAAUACAGAAAUUGCUGCAUUAAAAAAGGAAAAAAACAAAAUAAAACUGAUUGUCUCCAUUUGUGGUUAUUUCUCAGACUCUGUCGGCACAGCAUCAGACUCAUCGUAGGCCCGAGGAGCGUGUGGAAAAAUGUGUUAAUUAUGUAAAUGGAAAAUAUUUGAUUUCAACAGUUGAUUUAGGCGUAGCUUUUCUCAAAGCUACACCAAACUGAUCUAGACUUUCGUUCCUUGAUAUCAGUGAUCAUUCCUACUUGGAUCGUGCUUGCAAACCCUCCUGACAUAUUUCUUCAUGUAUUAAUGUUCUGUGUUUUAAAACGAGCCGUCGUGCUAUAGGGUUUGACCAGCAGCAGCAUGUCUCAACCAUUUUCUCACCAACUCUUUUGAGAUUCUGUAGGUGUCUUAACUCUGUGGAUACAGUUUGAAACUCAGUGCCCCAUCGAGAAAAGAAAUCGAGAAGAAAAAUGUGAUCCAUGCCACUCGUUUCCUCCCUUAUGAUCCUACUUUGCAUAAUGUUCUUGUGCUGCAGGAUUUUUACAGGGAAUCAGUGAAAGGCCUUGUUGCUGAAACGGAAACUGCUCCGUGUGUUCAGAAAACAUGCUGCUUCAAUCGCUUUGAUAACGAAAAUAAAUCUCCUUCCAGUAAUUUGGUGUGUGUGUGUGUGUCAUUUUUACCCAAAUGCAGCUUUAAUGGCAAAGUUUGUUUGCGGACAGUAGGGGGCAGUGAAGAGCAGGGGCAUGUACUGGGUGAACAGAGGCAUCCCUAGUGAACUGAUCUCUAAAUAGCAGUGUACAGUGAAGAGGAAUCCAGGACUGGCUAGAAUAGAGACGAGGCUGUCACAGGAUUUGUAACUAUACAUAAUGCAGAGGCUUGGCUUUGUUCAAAACAAUUCCUCUUUUUUUUCUUGUACGAUACAAACUUCAUAUGGAAAAAUAAAGAAUCAAUGGACACACAGUUUUGAGUUUUUUCUUUAAAAAGAAAAUUCAAAGUCCACCCUAUAUGGAUGUCUGCUUGGCUCAGGACUGGCUUCUCUCCCCUGGAUCUUCAAGGAUGUCCACAGCCGUCUUUCCCACAUUGUCCAUCAGGUGGCGCCACUUUGGGGCCUCAAUGGCAUCCAGAAGAGCAGCCAGCUCAACCUCCA